AUUUAUCCCCAUUGGGCGCCAAAGCAACAACCCACUGCACGUUGGGUUUUAAUUUUGCUACAUGUGCUACUCAACACGUGUAUUUCGAGCUAAUUGGGCAACAUCUGAUCUGCAUCAACUUAGUAAACUCCUUCAAGAUGAGUUCCGCUGUUCCGAGUAAACUGUUUUCGUACAUCUAUGGUUUUCUGACGCAGAACAAGCUGUCAAAAACAGCAAAGGCUCUGCGGAAAGAGACGGGAUCGCCAAUAUGUGCACCAAAAUCAGAGGAUCCCGACCUAAUUCAGAUCCUUAAUACCUAUGAGAUGGCCUCUCCAACUGGGGCAGUCAAACGCAAAGCCAAGCCUGACGACACACCACCCACAGCCUCAAAGAAACAGCGCAAGGGUGAGGAAGCAGUUGUGAAAACACCUAAAGUAACUGCAAAGAAAGAAGACAAGAUGCCUGCUAAACCAGCUGUGAAGACACCAGCACAAACAAAGAAAACACCUGCCAAAACAUCAGAAACGGCAGCGGCCAAAAAAUCAGCCCAAAAGGUGAAGAUGCCGAGUCAGGCUCCUAAGAAGGUGAAAGCACUACCAGGGACAGGAACCAAGCGGAAGAAAGAGACCAGUAGUGAGAGUUCCAGCAGCAGCGAAAGCGAGGGCGAGAGCAAACAAGUCAAGAAGCCCCAGGCUAAGAAAGUGGCCGUGGGCAAAACAACACCACAGAAAGCUGCCAAGAAGCAGGUCAAGGCUGCAUCCAGCAGCUCGGAAUCUGAAAGCUCCAGCUCGGACGAGGAUGAGAAGCCAACACUGGCAAAAUGCACAAAGCCAGCUGCUAAGACUUCUGCUAAAGGGACGCCUUUGCAAAACGGUAAUGGUAGUUCAUGCAGCUCUGAGAGCGACAGCGAGGAGGAACAACCCAAAGCAGCCAUAAAGAAGGAAACUCAGACUCCGAAGGGCAAAAAAGCGACUCUACCAGCACCAAAGAAACCAGAAAGCAGCAGUGAUGACAGCUCGAGCUCAGACGACAGCGAUGAUGAACCAAAAAAGCCAGCCAGGAAGCCUUUGUCAACUCCCCAAACCCAGGCAAAGUCUCCCAAAGCACAGCCGGCCCCCAAAACCAAGACACAGUCCUCAAGUUCAGAGGAAUCGAGCUCUGAAGAGUCCAGCUCUGAAUCAGAAACAGAGAAGCUCUCAAAGCAGACUGCCGCAGUCAAACCAACAGCAAAGUCACCAGCGACAGCAAAAUCACCAGCUAACACCCAAGCUAAAAAACAGGAUUCAUCAAGCUCUGAAGACUCUAGUUCUGAAUCAGACAGUGAAGAUGAAACGUUAAAACCUGCUGCUAAGCCAAUACCUAAAUCAGCACUUACACCUAGUAAAGUACAGGCUAAAACAGGAGCAGCUAAAAUGCCUGCCAAGUCUUCAGCUAAAAAAGAGGAUUCAUCAAGCUCCGAAGACUCUAGUUCUGAAUCAGACAGUGAAGAUGAAACGUCAAAACCUGCUGCUAAGCCAAUACCUAAAUCAGCACUUACACCUAGUAAAGUACAGGCUAAAACAGGAGCAGCUAAAAUGCCUGCCAAGUCUUCAGCUAAAAAAGAGGAUUCAUCGAGCUCCGAAGACUCUAGUUCUGAAUCAGACAGUGAAGAUGAAAAAUUGAAAACUGUCUCUAAACCAGUUGCACAGUCAACACCAGCACCAAGUAAAGUACAAGCCAAAACAGCCAAAGAGUCCUCAAGCUCAGAGGGUUCAAGCUCCGAGUCGGAGAGUGAUGAAGAUGAUAUGCCCAAAAAGUCAGCAGGCAAACCAGCCCCCAAAGUAAAUGCCAAACCGGCAGCUAAACAGGAUUCCAAAGCGGCCCUGAAGGCUAAAGAGGUGUCGUCAAGCUCGGAAGACUCAAGUUCUGGAUCUGAUGAAGAUGUCCCAAAGAAACCUACCUCAGUCAGCAAGCCAUUAGCCCCAAAGCCAUCAACCCAAGUAGCCAAGGCCAGGGAAGCUACCUCAAGUUCCGAAGACUCCAGCUCUGAGUCGGACUCGGACAGUGAUGCAGGACCCAAGAAAUCCGUUGCCCCUCCCUCAAAGGUUCAACCACCUAAAUCUGCACAGGUUGCCAAGAAGAACACCCCGUCCAGUUCUGAGGAGAGUAGUGACAGUGAUAGUUCAGAAGAAGAGGAAAGUCCCGCUAAAAAGAAGCCAGCUUUGGCAAAGCCAGCUGCGAAGUCCAUGCCAGCCAAGCAGCCAGCAAAGCCCCCUGCUGCUAAGCCCCCAAAAGAUUCCUCGAGCUCCGAGGAUUCUAGUUCAGAGGAUUCAAGCUCUGAUAGUGAGUCGGAGGCCAAAAAGCCAGCUUCGACUACACCCAAAGCAAUGCAGAGUUCUCAGAAGAAAACUUCAGAGGCACAUAAGAAAGCAGCGAGCUCAAGUGAUAGCUCAGAAGAUUCAAGUUCCGACGAGGAUGAGGGUGAAUCCGAGACCAAGAAACAACUGACUACAAAACCAGCUCAGAAUUCCAAACUGCAGGCUGCAAAAACACAGAAGGCAGCUGCAAGUUCAAGCAGCGACUCGGGCAGUUCCGAUGACAGCUCUGAUGAUGACGCUGAGAACAAACCAACUGCCACACCACAAACUCCAAAAGCCUCUGCAAAAAAAGCAACACCGAUGGCUGUCAAUAGUAAAGGCGAUUCCUCAAGCUCAGAUGAUACCUCAGGUUCGGAUGAUUCCAGCUCAGAAAGCGAAACUGAGACAAAGAAGAUCACAGUGAGUCAGACAGAGCAGAAGGCUACCAAUGGGAAGACCACACCCAAGCAGGCGUCAAAGACCAGCAAGAAAGACAGCAGCGAAAGCAGCUCUGACGAGUCGAGCUCAGAGAGCGAGAACGAGAAAAUGGUGAUGAAAAAAGUGUUGACAAAAAAGAGGCCUUCCAAAUCAUCCUCUUCCUCCUCGAGCGAGGACAGCGAUGACGAAGAUGACGACACCAAGCCAGUCAACCAGACCCUGCCGGCCAACACCGCACCGGCCCAGUCCAAGAAGAAACAGAGCCCUGCAACUCUGCCCAGAGCAAAAAAAUCUGAACCGUUCCGACGAGUCCGAGAAGAGGACCACCGGAUUGACCCAAGACUGAAGGACAACUCUUUUGAGGCUAAGAAAGGUGCGAGAGGCUCGUGGGGCGACAAGGCCAACAAAGACCUGAAAGUAGUCCGGGGAAAGGCCUUCAGGCACGAGAAGACCAAGAAGAAGCGGGGCAGCUACAAAGGUGGACAGAUCUCGACUGCCGUCAAUUCCAUCAAGUUUGACAGUGACUAGAAUCCUUCCCUAGUCAUCGGAAGUUUGUUCCCUUUCUUGAGCACCUUUUUUUUAAAAAUCCACGCCAAUGGAAUCGGUAGUUUUGGUGCAGAUUCUUUCUGCGAGACGGUGGCUUUCUUCGAGUUGAGGCAUUUUUACCUCAGGAUAUUUCAAGUGAGGAAUACAUGACAUUAGUAGAUGUACGUAUUAAUUUAUAAUCCAUCGCGUUAUCUGGAGACAAUUAGAAGCAAUGAUGUGAUUGCUUGGGUCACAUGCAAGCACUGUGUUCCGUUCAAACUGUCGGCGGGCUUACAACUUGCCACACUUUCAGAAUACUCCUAGCUUGCAUCCAUGGGACUGCCUCAGACACAUCUGAUUGCGUUUGCGAGAUUAGUCGGAAGCCAUCUGGUCAUGCUGUGAAUGGCCAUACACAAAAAUUGACUCUGUAAAGUACGUCAGCAGUGAAUGCUACAUGUGUGUUGCUGACAGUUGACGGUGUUGGUAGUGCGAGUCGCCCAAGUCAACUUCAGAUUGAUUACUUGUGAACUUGCAACUUAAUAGUUAGCUUUAGUUUUUUUGGUCAACAACUGAAAGUUAAAAUAUUUUUUGGUCAGAUGGGGAACAUGUCCAUUGCAGAAUUCCUUGAGUUUGUAAAUAGUUGUGCGUAUCAUUUUGCACCUUAUGACAUUUUCUGGAGGCAGAAACAUGCAUCUGUAGAUUAACUGGCCAGUAGAGAUUUUCUCAGUUUUUCCCCAUUAUUUCUUUUCAUUUAAAACUUUACGGAACUUGUGCGCUUUUUUUUUCUAAGUCAUUUUCAAUUGAGACGUGAAACAUAUUAAUCAUUCUCCAACUUUUAGGCAAAGCGUUUUGUGCUUUCAUUUCAAGAUGUUACAUGUCCUAUUCCUAGCAGUGCAAAUUUUCAUUGUAGAAUUAAAAUGGUUUUAAAACCCUGCCAACAAUUCA